GCCCCCGACGCGCGCCCCGCCCCCGACGCGUCCUCUCAGCUCCUGCGCGGUCUGCAUUUCCUCCCUGCUUUGUCUUGAACACAGAACAAUGCCAAAGAAAGCGAAGCCUACUGAGAAUGGGAAGGAAGAGGGGCCUGUUCCCAGUAAGCGGGUGAAGGUGGAGGCGAUAGGUGGAGCUUUCACCUUAAACUUUGAUAGCCCCAGUAGUCUCUUUGAAAGUUUAAUCUCUCCAAUCAAGACAGAGACUUUUUUCAAGAAAUUCUGGGAGAAGAAGCCUCUCCUCAUCCAGAGGGAUGACCCUGCACUUGCCACAUAUUACCAGUCUCUCUUCAGGCUAACAGAUUUGAAGAGUCUGUGCAGCCAGGGCAUGUACUAUGGAAGAGACAUGAAUGUCUGCCGGUGUGUCCAUGGGAAGAAGAAGGUUUUAAAUAAGGAUGGCAAAGUGCAUUUUCUUCAGCUCAGAAAAGAUUUCGAUCGGAAAAGGGCAACAAUUCAGUUUCACCAACCUCAGAGAUUUAAGGAUGAGCUUUGGAAGAUCCAGGAGAAGCUAGAGUGUUACUUUGGCUCCUUGGUUGGCUCAAAUGUGUACAUAACCCCUGCAGGAUCUCAGGGCCUACCUCCUCAUUAUGAUGAUGUUGAGGUUUUUAUCCUGCAGCUGGAAGGAGAGAAGCACUGGCGGCUCUACCCACCCACAGUGGCCCUGGCAUGCGAGUACAGUGUGGAGUCUGAGGCCUGCCUUGGUGCGCCGACACACGAAUUCACGUUGAAGCCAGGUGAUCUGUUGUAUUUUCCCAGAGGGACCAUUCAUCAGGCGGACACUCCUCCAGGACUGGCCCAUUCUACUCAUGUGACCAUCAGCACUUACCAGAAAAAUUCAUGGGCAGAUUUCCUUUUGGACACCAUUUCGGGGCUUGUGUUUGAUGCUGCAAAGGAAGAUGUGGAGUUACGGAGUGGAAUACCCCGGCAGCUGCUCAUGCAAGUGGAAACACCUGUUGCAACAAGAAGAUUAAAUGGCUUUCUGAGGACUCUUGCAGAACGGCUGGAGGGCACUAAAGAACUGCUUUCAUCAGACAUGAAGAAGGAUUUUGUUACACAUAGACUUCCCCCUUACUAUGUAGGAGAUGGAACAGAGCUAUCAGCACCAGGUGGGAAGUUGCCAAGGUUGGACAGCACAGUGAGACUGCAAUUUAAAGACCACAUCAUCCUCACAGUAGGGCCAGAUGAGAAUCGACCUGAUGAAGCGCAAGAAAAGAUGGUUUACAUCUAUCAUUCUUUAAAGAAUAGGAGAGAGAUACACAUGAUGGGAAAUGAGGAAACAAAGCCUUGUGGACUUCGGUUUCCUUUAUCACAUGUGGAUGCACUGAAGCAAAUUUGGAACAGUUCAGCUAUUUCUGUCAAGAACCUGAAACUAACUACAGAUGAGGAAAAAGAGAACUUGGUAUUGUCCCUCUGGACGGAAUGUUUAAUCCAAGUAGUUUAGUGCCUUUCCACAAGCAAACAGUUGCUACUUUAUAUGCUUAGUUUUUUUUAAGGGGAAGAUGUGCUAGGUAGUUACUGUUGUUUUGAGUCCACCCACUAAGACACGGCUAUGCACAUAACCCAAAAAGAGAAGGUCACCAUCCUUAUCUCUCACUGUGUCUAUUGUUGUGAGACAUAUUUGUACUAAUGAGCACAUAAGAAAAAACUACAAGUACUAGAUGUCCCAAAAUGUGACCAAACCAUGCUUCUGAAAGUUUAUUUAGUCCAGUGUGGUAGAAUAGGCACAACUCCAAUAAAUGUGGCUUGUAGAAUUGAA